AUGUCAACAACAGCACAAGAUCUUCAACAGGUUGCAAAACGACUUGCUUCCUACACAGCACCCGAGGAAGUGUAUAAUGACUUAAUAGCAAGCGACGGUGAGGACGUGGAUCCUUUUGCGCAAAGAAAUGUCUCGAGAAGAAUUAUAGAUAGAGAAAGUGAUUAUCAUGCUCGCAGGUUGAACAGAGUAAUUUCCCCGGAACGCCAGGAUCCUUUUUCCGAAGGUGAAGCAAACGUUGAAUCAAGGUCAUAUGCUGAUGUAAUGCGAGAAGCCGAACUUGAACGUGAGCAAAGAAAAGUUUUGCAAAAAUUGGAAGAAAAGAAGAAAGAAGCGAAGGAAGCGGCAAUUGAUCAAACUUCUGCACAAAAGAAGAGGCGCUGGGAUAUGGCGACAACAGUGGAAACUAAAGCCACCUCUGAAUGGUCAAAAACUGAUGAAGUGACAACUCUGAAAAAUAGAUGGGAUGAAACCCCUAGAGUUUCUAUUGAUGCUACUGCUGAAACUCCCAGAAAAAGAAGCAGAUGGGAUGUUACCCCGAUGGUCUCUUCUAAAAAAUCUCGUUGGGAUGAAACUCCCGCAAAUGGCAAUUCUCAAUUUGGAGUCACUCCCGUUGGAAAUUUAGGUCUCAUUACACCAACGCCUGGUUAUUUGGCACCGAUGACACCAGAAGCCCAACGCUGGGAAAAGGAUUUAGAUGCACGUAAUAGACCACUCACUGACGAAGAACUCGAUGCAAUGUUUCCAUCAACUGGAUAUAAAAUUCUUGAGCCGCCAUCAGGUUAUGUUCCUAUACGUACCGCAGCACGUAAACUGAUGGCCACACCGACUCCGAUGGCAGCUGAGGGAUUCGUAAUGUUAGAAGAGGAUCGAACCCAAAUGUACGAUUUACCCGCAGAAAUUCCGGGUGUUGGUAAUCUUCCAUUCUUUAAACAAGAAGACAUGCAACAUUUUGGAAAAUUAUUGGAUGAUAAAGAUGAAAGUGAAUUGUCAGUAGAAGAACUUAAAGAGCGCAAAAUCAUGCGUCUUUUACUAAAAAUAAAAAAUGGAACUCCACCGAUGCGAAAAACAGCGCUCCGACAAAUUACAGACAAAGCAAGGGAUUUUGGAGCCGGUCCUCUUUUCAAUCAAAUCCUUCCCUUAUUAAUGUCUCAGAAUUUGGAGGAUCAAGAACGACAUUUGCUCGUUAAGGUUAUUGAUCGUAUUCUAUACAAGUUAGAUGCCCUAGUUAGACCUUAUGUUCAUAAAAUCCUAGUCGUCAUUGAACCGCUUUUAAUUGAUGAAGAUUACUUUGCUAGAUGUGAGGGUCGUGAAAUUAUUAGUAAUUUAAGUAAAGCUGCCGGAUUGCCUACAAUGAUCGCGACAAUGAGACCUGAUAUCGAUCAUGUGGAUGAAUAUGUUCGUAAUACAACCGCUCGAGCUUUUUCAGUUGUUGCCUCUGCACAUGGAAUUCCAGCAUUACUUCCUUUCUUAAAAGCUGUUUGUAAAAGUAAGAAAUCAUGGCAAGCUCGACAUACAGGCAUUAAAAUUGUCCAACAAAUCGCCAUCUUGAUGGGCUGUGCUGUCUUGCCACACUUAAAAAACCUUGUUGAGGCGAUUGCUCACGGUUUAGAGGAUGAGCAACAAAAAGUUCGUACUAUUACAGCUUUAGCAAUAGCUGCUCUAGCAGAAGCUGCUGCGCCUUAUGGUAUCGAAUCUUUUGAUUCCGUUCUUAAACCACUAUGGACUGGCAUUCGAAAACAUCGUGGCAAAGGAUUAGCAGCUUUUCUGAAAGCAAUUGGAUACAUUAUUCCCUUAAUGGAUGCUGAAUAUGCCAAUUAUUAUACAAAAGAAGUGAUGAUUAUUUUGAUUCGGGAAUUUCAAUCGCCAGAUGAAGAAAUGAAAAAAAUUGUCUUAAAAGUGGUUAAACAAUGUGCCGCAACUGAUGGUGUCCAACCUCAAUAUAUAAAAGAAGAAAUUUUACCGGAGUUUUUCAAAAACUUUUGGGUACGCAGAAUGGCAUUGGAUCGACGUAACUAUCGUCAAGUUGUAGAAACCACUGUAGAAUUGGCGCAAAAAGUUGGAGUUACUGAAAUAGUUGGGCGCAUUGUAGAAGAUCUUAAAGAUGAGUCUGAACCUUAUCGAAAAAUGGUGAUGGAGACAGUUGAAAAAGUUGUCAGCCAAUUGGGAGCAGCUGAUAUAGAUACGCGUCUUGAAGAAGUAUUAAUUGACGGCAUUCUUUACGCUUUUCAAGAACAAACGGUUGAAGAUAUAGUCAUGCUUAAUGGAUUUGGUACAGUUGUUAAUGCUUUAGGACUUCGUGUUAAACCAUAUCUGCAACAAAUUACAUCCACAAUUCUGUGGCGUCUUAACAAUAAAUCAGCUAAAGUGCGUCAACAAGCUGCAGAUCUAAUUUCCCGUAUUGCAGUUGUAAUGAAGAAUUGUGGUGAAGAAAAAUUAAUGGGUCAUCUUGGUGUAGUUCUCUAUGAAUAUCUCGGUGAAGAAUAUCCCGAAGUUCUUGGCUCCAUCCUUGGUGGCCUUAAAUCAAUAGUAAAUGUGAUUGGAAUGUCUAGCAUGACCCCACCGAUAAAAGAUUUACUACCUCGACUGACUCCGAUUUUAAAGAACAGGCAUGAGAAAGUAGAAGAAGCAUGUAUCGACUUGGUAGGACGUAUUGCUGAUCGUGGGGCAGAAUUUGUCUCCGCAAGAGAAUGGAUGCGCAUUUGUUUUGAAUUAUUAGAUAUGCUCAAAGCACACAAGAAAGGAAUACGUCGAGCUACAGUAAAUACAUUUGGAUAUAUAGCAAAGGCCAUAGGACCACAAGAUGUCCUGGCAACUUUAUUAAAUAAUUUAAAAGUUCAAGAAAGACAGAAUCGAGUAUGCACAACAGUUGCCAUAGCAAUCGUCGCCGAAACGUGUGCUCCUUUCACUGUUUUACCUGCGUUAAUGAAUGAAUAUCGCGUACCAGAAUUGAACGUGCAAAAUGGUGUGCUUAAGUCGCUUUCUUUCCUAUUUGAAUAUAUCGGCGAAAUGGGCAAAGAUUAUAUUUACGCAGUAACACCUCUACUUGAAGAUGCUCUAAUGGAUCGCGAUUUAGUGCAUCGGCAAACUGCAUGUACUACUGUCAAACAUAUGUCACUGGGAGUAUUUGGUCUUGGCUGUGAAGAUGCUCUUUUACAUCUUCUAAAUUAUGUAUGGCCAAAUAUUUUUGAAACUUCACCUCACGUCAUUAACGCAGUUAUGGAAGCAAUCGAAGGAUUACGAGUUGCGCUAGGUCCUUCAACUAUAUUACAAUAUGUCUUACAGGGAUUAUUUCACCCAGCUCGGAAAGUGCGUGAGAUUUAUUGGAAAAUCUAUAAUCAACUUUACAUUGGUGCUCAGGAUGCGUUGAUUCCAUAUUAUCCUCGGAUUGAAGACGAUGAACGUAAUAAUUACGAAAGAUACGAACUCUCCAUGUGGCUCUAA